GCUCAGCUGUUUCAGCAGGGCCCUGGGGGCUAUAAAGGCCCUUUCCCAAUGCAGCCUCUCACGGUCCAGCACCCAGCUUGUCAACAGCCCCAGAGUUGCCCGAGUCCACCCUCAGGCAGCAUGAGUGGCACCCUGUCCCAGGGCCCAAGCCCAGCCCGCCUUACUCUAUGGGAGGAGGAGAAUUUCCAGGGCCGCCGCUGUGAGCUGAUGAGCGACUGUUCCAGCAUCCGAGAGCUUAGCGGCUUUCGCAGGGUGCGCUCUGUCAAGGUGGAGAGCGGCGCAUGGGUGGGCUUCGAGUACCCGGAUUUCCAGGGCCAGCAGUUCAUUCUGGAGAAGGGCGACUAUCCUCGAUCUACCGCGUGGAGCGGCAGCAGUGGCUAUCGAACCGACCAGCUACUCUCCUUCCGGCCUCUGCUCUGCGCCAAUCACAGUGACAGCCGAGUGACCCUUUAUGAGGGUGAGAAUUUCCAAGGCUGCAAAUUUGAGUUGAGUGAUGACUAUCCCUCCCUGCCUGCCAUGGGCUGGGCCAGCAAGGAUGUGGGAUCCCUCAAAGUCACCUCAGGAGCGUGGGUAGGCUACCAGUAUCCUGGCUUCCGGGGUUACCAAUAUGUACUAGAACAGGAUCGGCAUAGUGGAGAAUUUCGAAAAUACAGUGAGUUUGGUACCCAGGCUCAUACCAACCAGCUGCAGUCCAUCCGAAGAGUCCAGCACUAGACUUGGCUGUGCUUGCCCCCUUUGCAGGGUCUUCAUGAACAUCUGACACAUGUGGACCCAGAACCAUCAAUAAAGGCACUGAACUUA